UUCCUCAGGGGAGCGCGCACGCUAGCGUCCGGGCCGGGGAGGGGCGUGGCUCCCUCACCAACGGUUCCCUCCCUAGUUGAUCGACCAAUCAGGACCCUGGAAACGGCCGUGGUGGUAGAGGCCGUUGCGCGGCGCUGGAUUGGCGACAGAAGCUGCUCCACGAAGGAGGAGGCGGGGCCCGCGCGGCAGCGGGGGCUCCCUAUUGGCCGAGGUUUCUGGGCGCCGCGGGGACCGAUGGGAGGUUGCGUUUGAAUCGCCCGGGCGUUAAGGUUGUAGCGGGCAGAGUCGGAGCCAGAACUCGGAAGACAGUCGGGCGGGUGGGGGCCACUCGGAAAGCAGAGCGUCCGCGCAGCAAUGGGAGGGCGCCCCACGCCCCCAGCGAAAGCCAGCUCUCGGCUCCCUGUCUCUAACCGGCGGCCCAAACGGCCGGCUACCAAUGAGAAUGAGCCCCCUCAGCCGCUUCGGAAACGGGCCCGGGGCCCGCCUGCCCCCGCCAAGAGAGGUGCCCUGUCCACGGCCACCUCCCAGGCGAGGGCUCCUCCUGCAGCCCCCGUCGCGCGAAACGUCCGCAGGGUGUCUGGACGCCUUCCAUUGUCUUCCCGGGCAGGAGAAGGAGCAGCCACCGCUGCCGGUAAGGCAGUGGCAACGUCGGCAGGAGCUGCGGGUGGUGGUGGCGGUGCAGCAGGAAAGAAGCGAGCCCCCUGGGACCUGAAGGGACAAGUGAGUGACCUUCAGGUCAAGGUGGCUGCUUACAAGGAGAAGGUCAAGGGCCUAGAGGCCAGGAACGAGGACCUGGAGGCCCACCUGCAGGAGCUGAACGGGGAGCUGAGCCAGGUGACCACCCAGAAGGAGGAGCUGAGCACCCGGGCCAGCACCCUGGCGGUGGAUCUGCAGGCCUGGCAAACGCAGGCCCGGGACAGCCUGCAGAGAGUGUCUGAACUGCGGGAGAAGGAGCAGCAGCUGGAGGAGAGGGUCCGCAGCCAGGCCGGGACCCUCGAGGAGCUCGAGAGGGCCAACCGGGAGAUGAAGGAAGCCCAGGCCGGCCUGGCCACCCAACUGGAAGCCACACAAGCCGCACUGCACCAGGCGGAGAAGGACCUGGCCCAGCGCGGGCAGGAGAACCAGGCCCUGCAGGCCCGGGUGUCGGAACUGGAACAGAAGCUGCACGACUCCGAGAUGGAGCGCCGGCAGCUCCACAACAUGGUGCAGGAGCUGAAGGGCAACAUCCGGGUCUUCUGCCGCGUGCGCCCCCUGCUCCGCGGGGAGAAGGAGGCCCAGAAGGAGAUGAAUCACCUGAGCUUUCCGGCUGACAACAACAAGAGCCUGGUGCUCUCCCGGGAGGAGGAGUCUCACACCGGCCGUGAACGCAAAGAGGAGAUCAGCUACGAGUUCAACUUUGACCGGGUCUUCCCGCCGUCCAGCUCUCAGGAAGACGUCUUUGAGGAGAUCUCGCUGCUGGUCCAGUCUGCCCUGGACGGCUACCACGUCUGCAUUUUCGCCUACGGGCAGACCGGGAGUGGCAAGACCUACACCAUGGAAGGCCCCGACGACCUGACCCCCGAGACGGCCGGCAUGAUCCCCCGGGCUGUGCGGCAGGUCUUCAGAGCCGCCCACGAGAUGGAGGCCAAGGGCUGGAAGUAUCAGUUUGUCGCCAACUUCCUGGAGAUCUACAACGAGUCGCUCCGGGACCUGCUGGUGUCACGGCCGGAUCCAGCAUCUGAACUGGAGAUCCGGCGGAUGAGCCAGUACACAGAGGAGCUGCACGUGCCCAACCUGAGCUACAUCCCCGUCUCCUCGGAGCAGGAGGUGCUGAAGCUGCUCCAGAGGGCAAAGGCCAACCGCUCGGUGGCCAAGACCAGCAUCAACGAACGCUCCUCCCGCAGCCACAGCCUCUUCCAGCUCCGCAUCGAGGGCCAGAAUGCCAGGCAGGAGCUCAGCACCUCCUCGGUGUUAAGCCUGGUGGAUCUGGCCGGCAGCGAGCGUCUGGACAAGUCCCUCUCCAAAGGAGAGCGGCUGAAGGAGACCCAGGCCAUCAACACCAGCCUUUCCAACCUGGGCCUUGUCAUCACAGCGCUCAGCAACAAGGAGGCCCACAUUCCGUACCGGAACAGCAAGCUGACCUACCUCCUCCAGAACUCGCUGGGUGGCAGCUCCAAGAUGCUGAUGUUUGUUAACAUCUCCCCUUUGGAGGAGAACUUUGGGGAGUCCCUCAACUCCCUCCGCUUUGCUAGAAAAGUGAAUGAGUGCGUCAUUGGUACGGCCACAACCAACCGGAAAUGAGUGUGGACGAUCAUCCAUCCAUCCGAUCAUCCACUGGGACAGAGCAGUAGGAGGCCCCGUGGAGGAUUCGGGCCCAAGGCGUUUUUUGUGUAUGUGUCCAUGCAGUGUUUUUCUUUAGGAUUCUUUUAUAUUCAGGUUUUUUUUAUAAUCGUAUAUAUUAAAUUUUUCAAAUGAAAAAAAAAACAACAACCCAAACCAAGGGUUUUUUGCUCCUUGUUCAAGGAAAGAAGUUGUCUCUCUCUCUUUUGCUCGGCACCCCUUCUCCGACUCAUUCAUUCUCUCUUUUUCCGGCCGCCUUCCUCUCUCUGCGUUGCAAGGUCCACGGAACCAACAUGGCUGGCUUAGUAGUGGACAUGGGGUGGGUGGAGGUGCCCUCUGCUCUGGGCCUCUGCCACCGGCAGAGAGCAGAGCCCUGUUUGCCCCUUCAGAGGGGCUCCUCUGAGCCCAGCCAGGGGUGGGGCAGGGAUGACCACAUCGCAUCUCCCAAGAGCUAGAGUGCAAAAAAUCUCAGUCUUGCUCCCGAGAUGCUAGAAGCCUGGGAGAAGCAAGAAGACCCAGAUCAUCGUCGUUCACAGAGCCGUAUGUAUCAUCAGCCUUUCGGACUUGCCCCUACAAUUUUUCGUGAAGGCCUGCUGAGGAAGUGGAUUUCAGCCACCAAAGCUUAUUUUUAUUUUUUAGCGGUCCAAUAAAAGAUACC